AUGCGACUGGCCGUCUUGGGAUCUGGUAGCCGAGGAAAUGCGCUCGUCGUCGAGUCGCACGGUCGCCGUCUGCUGGUCGAUGUCGGCUUUUCCUGCAAAGAGAUCGGUCGCCGGCUCGAGGUCCUUGGGCUGGACACUGCCCAACUCGAUGGCGUGCUGCUGACCCACGAACACUUCGGAUCACGUCCGCGGCGCCGAUGUGCUGCUACGCCGGCAUCGGCUGCCCUGUCGGGCGACCGCUGGAACGCUCGACUCCGGCAAGCUCGGCGAGGGAGCCCUGUCGUUCACCAAACCGGUGCGUUCCGGUCCCCCCAUGACGCUCGCGAACCGGUCGGUUAUGCGAUUGAGGAUGCCGCCGGCCGGCGGCUUGGCGUGGUCGCCGACCUCGGUGCCAGAAGCCAGCUGGCCUGGGCCAAGCUGCGCCACCUCGACGCGCUGGUGCUGGAAACCAAUCAUGAUCUCCAGAUGCUUCGUGACGGUCCUUACCCGUGGCAUCUCAAGCAGCGCAUCGCCGGGCGCCACGGCCAUCUGUCGAAUCGAGAGGCGGCCGAUGGCUUGGUAGAUCUGGUCAGCGAGCGCCUGGGCUGUGUGGUGCUCUACCAUCUUUCAGAAACCAACAACGAUCCGGCACUAGCGUUCGAGGCGAUUUCCGAUACCCUCGGGCGGCUGCGAUCACCGGCCCGAGUCGAACUCGCCCGCCAGGACGAGGGCACCGGCUGGUUGCCGGUCGAGCCGCCCGCCACGCCUCCGCGGUUGCUGCCUCCGGAGGCUGCGCAGCGGGGUGCUCAACUGGCACUGGAUUGGCAGCCGCCCGGCCCCGGUGCAGCGGCCACCUGA